AUGCUGCCGCGCGCCACAAUUGGGACUGCCCUAAUCUAAGCCGGCUUGACGGCGACCAACACGCAGCUUCCUCAAUCUCUUGACUCUUGCGUUUAGUCGCGAUCGAGUGCCGGCCGAAAGUGGAUCAUCGAGCAGAGGAAGUCCAAGAUGCUACCGUUCAAUUUGCAUCCCACCCUGAUAUGGGCUAUCGCGUUCUGCUGUCUUUGCGUAACGAUGUACCUCUGCACCUUUCGAUCAUAUCUCAAAGGAGUCAAGGGACCGAUCUCACAGCUUGCCUCAAGCAUGCCACUCUCAAAUUUCACACCGAAAGUGCGCAAUUCGGCAGUUACAAUCUUUGUGAUAGACGUUGAAGCAGCCAAAAUGGGGCAGGACCACGUGCUCCAGGGCAGUCCUGCAACGCUCAACAUGGAAGCGAUACUCAAAUCGCAGAAGGUGAAACCAUUUGACAGUGCUUCCAGUGAGUUGGCUCAGUCGGACAGUCUGACAAAUUUGCUUCUGUGUGACGAAAAAUCGGAUUCGUUAAGGCUUUAG